GAGGACUGGCGACGCAUUUCCGGCGAGCGUGAGGAGGUAUGGCCGGAGUAAAUGGUGUCUAAUCGCCUUUUUGUGAGUAUUUGUCUCCUCUUUUAAAAUUUGAACCUGAGGGAGAUUGAGUGCUGAUGAAUGGCCAGUUAUGAACUUCAGAGAAGGCUAGACACGGACCCAGAGAUGCAAAACAUCUCCUGUAUUCUCGAGGACCCUGGAUUGGUCGGGGGAACGACUUUGCUGACGCCCAUGCCCUUUUACAUCAGAUGGAUCAUCAUGUACUUGAUGAUUCCCAUCGGUUUUAUCUGCUCGCUGCUGUGGACGAAUGGGAGGUUCAGGACUGCGCAAACUGUGGGUAGGGCUUUGGUUUGGUGUUCUUGGGACACGGUGACGCUCGGAGAGAGGCCGAAAGGCUUGUAUUUGAAUGGGAUGGAGAUUAGCUCGAGUAGUAGGGAGACGUACGAUGAGGUGAAGCAGGAGAAGCUUUGGAGAGAGAGUGCAGAAGUUGUGAGGUUGAAGGAGGGCGAGGUGGCGCUGAAGGGGUGGAAGUAGGGUCUGGGACAUAGGACGAGGAGAAUGAUUUGACGUUCUGAACUCUAAAGCUCAAGGUUUGUGAUGUAGAUGCAAUCUGCGAGGGGAUGAAAUUGGUGACGAAGUGAAGAGAAGUAGUGCCCGCCAACGGCGUUGCGAGUUUCCCUGAAUGCAUGUCAACCCCACUUAUGGUAAGACUUCUGAAGUGGUAAG